AUGGGGGGGAUUCCGGGGGUGGGGGCGGGCGGAGGGGCGGCAGGGGCGGCAGGGGGAGCUGGGGGGAUGGUUGGUGGGGGGAUGGGUGCUGCUGCUGGUGGCAGUAGCGGUGGGGGUGGUGCUGGGGGCGCGGGGGGAGCGGGGGCAGGGAAGAAGCGGGGUGCGGUGACGGGGGGAGGAGGGGGAGGGAUGGGGAUGACGUCAGACUUAUGGGUGCACUCUGACGACCGCGAGGUGAAGAAGCAGCGGCGCAAGCAGUCCAACAGAGAGUCGGCACGGCGGUCCCGGCUGCGCAAGCAGGCGGAGUGUGAGGACCUGAUGGGGCGGGUGCGGGCGCUGACGGAGGAGAAUCAGACGAUUCGAGUGGAGCUGCAGCGCAUGCAGGAGGAGUGCCACAAGAUGGCGCAGCAGAAUGCGUUGCUGCAGGAGCGGCUGAACGGCACCAAGGCAGUGCCAGGCGGUCCCUCCACACACCCUGCCGCCGCCCUCCCUCUGCCACCACACAUGCCACCAGAUGCAUCCGCAGCCGUUGAUCCUUCUGGAGCUGCAAUGCCAUUGGCCGGUGGGCCUGACGGUGAUGUGAAUGGUGCGCUAGUGCCUGUAGGUCAGCAGCAGUUGCAGCAGGGAGGGGCGGGGGGAGGGGUGUUAGCAGGUAAUGGAGGUGGGCAUGGAGGGGAGGGGUUAGGUGCUGCAGGUGCUGCUGUUGGAGCAGCAGCAGGGAGGUUACGGCAGGGGAGCGAAAAGAAUAAUGUUGUGCCUGCUGUUUCAUAA